AUGCAGUCCAUACUUCAAUAUCGGCGAUUUGCGAAUCUGGCCGAACAAAAUCAUGCAAUUGACCUCGAGAAGGGUCUUGGAUCACAGCAACAACCGACAUUCAGAAGCGCAGGACGCAUCUCAAGAAAUGGCACCGAUUCAAAGACUUCCUUAUCGGGCGAUGAAACAUUCGUGGGGUCAACUGGAGAUAUACUACAACACGCCGACCAGCCCAAGGAAACAAAUGACGACGAAAAAGCCUCGAUAGACCCAGCCGCAGGUCGCUUGAAUGGGAGUGUUACAACCCAGGCAGCUGGAGAUGAUCUGUCCGAGGUUUCCAAAACGAUUAUUGUUGGGUUCGAACCGAAACACGAUCCUAUGAAUCCACGCGAUUGGAGCUUCGGUAAGCGACUCAUGGUCACUAUCGUGGUUUCAUUCAUGGGUGUCAUUGUGGGGUGGUCUUCAUCCAUCGAUUCGGGCAUAAUACCACAGUACGCAGAGGAGUUUGGUGUAAGCGAGGUGGUGGCAUCUUUGCCUACCGGACUGUUCCUGGUCGGGUUUGGAACGGGGGCAGUGAUGAGCGGCCCAUUCUCCGAAACCGUUGGCAGAAAUCCCAUCUAUAUCAUUACCUUGGUUGUGUUCAUGCUCCUUCUGGUAGGAGCUGGCUCGGCUCAAAGCCUCGCUGGACAGCUGGUAUGUCGAACGUUGGCUGGGAUCUUCGCUGCGACACCACUCGCUUGCGCUGGCGGUACGAUUGCCGAUGUCUGGACACCUGAGGAACAAGUCUUUGCGUUUCCAAUAUACGCCAUCAUCUCUUUCUCCGGCCCCGUGCUAGGACCCGUGGUCGGGGGCUGGAUCGGACAGUCCAACCUCAGCUGGCGAUGGACCGAAUGGGUGACUUUAAUCGGAGCAGGGAUCAUUCUUAUUACCGUGAUCUUACUUCAGCCCGAAACCUACGCGCCGGUCCUGUUAAAGUGGAAAGCUAUACACCUUCGCUGCGUGACUGGAGAUGACCGAUACCGAGCAGAGAUCGAGCUCAGGCAGGAAUCCCUAGCCGCAAGGUUGAUGUUAGCCAUGUAUCGACCAGUGAUAAUGCUCAUCCGAGAGCCCACAAUCCUCCUGUUUUCCUUAUACCUGACCGUGGCAUACAUCAUCAUCUUCACCUUCUUCACCGGCUACGAAUUCAUCUACAAGGGUAUCUACGGCCUAACGCAAGGCGAAACAGCGCUCUGCUUCCUGGGUCUAGCGAUCGGCCUUCUCUUCUGUGUCCCCCUAAUCCCACUCAGCGCAAGAUUACGUUCGCGGGAUAUCACACGCAGCAAAGAGAUGAACCCCGCGCGGAAAGCAUCUCCCGAAAGCCGUUUGUACUGGGCGAUGAUUGGGGCCCCAGCCCUUCCCAUCUCAAUGUUCUGGAUGGCUUGGACCGCACGACCGGAUGUACCGUUCUGGUCACCGCUCGCAGCGUCAGUGCUGACCGGAUUUGGCAUGCUAUGUAUUUUUAUCACCUGCUAUCAGUAUCUGAUAGACACGUAUGAGGGCUACGCGGCCAGUGCAUUGUCGAGUUUGACGUUGAUGCGGUAUUUGGUUUCUGGGGCCAUGAUUGAGGUGUCGGUUCCGUUUUAUCAGAACUUGGGGGUACCAUACACUCUUACUAUCCUGGGUUGUAUUAGUGCUGUUCUCGUGCCCAUUCCGUAUGUUUUCUACAGAUACGGAUCAGAGAUUCGGAGAAGGAGCAGGUAUGGCGGGAAUGGCUGUUAG